ACACUGGUUCCAUUACUAGACUUUUCCAUAUCAGACAUCAUCUCCAUAUUAUCCUACCAUGUCUAGAAACUUACCUCUUCUUUCCGCUGCCGAAGUCGCCAAACACGACAAACCCACCGAUAUUUGGGUCACUCUCUACCAGAGAAAAGUGUACAAUGUAUCCACUUUUGUUAAGGAACAUCCUGGUGGAGCCCUGAUUGUGUAUCCAUAUGCUGGUAAGGACAUCACCGCCAUCAUGAAGGAUAUCGAAUCGCACGAACAUUCUGAGUCUGCGUACGAAAUGUUGGACGAAGACAUGUUGGUGGGUUACUUGGCCACUGACAAGGAGGAGGAAGAGCUCCUUAACAACAAGAACAAGACUCCUGUGGAAGUCACGUUGGCUAAAAGCGACAGUGAUGACUACGACAUGUAUGAAUUCCACGACCAUUUGCCUGCUUUGGAUAAGUUGGAAAUCAAGACUGACUACAAUGAAGAUGUCAAGAAGCACAAGUUCUUGGAUUUGAACAAACCCUUGUUGGGGCAAGUGUUGUUUGGUAAGUUCAACCGAGACUUCUACGUGGAUCAAGUCCAUCGUCCUAGACAUUACGGAAAGGGCUCAGCACCACUCUUUGGAAACUUUUUGGAACCACUCUCGCUCACUCCCUGGUGGGUUGUUCCCUUGGUUUGGCUUCCUGCAAACUUCUACAUCUUUUAUGUUGGAUUCACCAACCAACACCCAAUUACCGCUUUGAGUAUGUGGGCUAUGGGAUUGUUUAUUUGGACCUUGGUGGAGUACUUUUUGCACAGGGUUAUUUUCCAUCUUGAUGGGUACUUGCCUGACCAUUCUGUGUUUUUCACCAUUCACUUUUUACUUCAUGGGGUUCACCACUACUUGCCUAUGGAUGAGUACCGUCUUGUGUUGCCACCUGCAUUGUUUAUCAUAUUGGCUUUCCCAUUCUAUAAACUUGUGUUUUCCCUUUUGCCAUUCUACAUGGCCUGUUCCGGGUUUGCCGGAGGUACCUUGGGUUACAUUAUGUAUGAUAUAACCCAUUACAUGUUGCACCACGGAAACUUACCUCAAUUUUUGCAAGAUUUGAAGACUUACCAUUUGGAACAUCACUACAAGAAUUACCAAUUAGGGUUUGGUGUUACUUCGACAUUCUGGGAUGUGGUGUUUGGAACUGAAAUCACCACUACAUUUGAUAAGAAAAAGUAGAAUAUAUUUAGAAUUGUAAUUGGGUUAUUUUUAAAUAUUUUCUAGAAUAUAUGUGACUUGAUUGAUCCCGUUGUUUCCAUAGGCGAGGAUACUAGCGCGCAUUUCCUCGAGAUUGCUGAGAUCGGGCGCUAAUUUGAUCUUGGUACUGGGACCCUUCUCUUUCGUCCAACUGACUUGUUGGUACUUGUCUUCUAUUUCCAAUCUCUUGAAAUAGUUUUGUUUAAACGCUUGUUUGUCUUUAUACUUCUUUUGGAAUUCAGCCAAAUGGCCCUUUGCUAGUUCGGCAUAUUUGUGUUGAGCAGCUCCGGUAGUUGUCUCCUCGAGAAAUUUCAAAUAUUCCUCGACAUUGAAACCUUCCUUCGUUAGCACACCAUCAGGAGGAGACGUAUCUUCUUCAAACUCAUAAUUAUAAUGCAAAUCUUCGAAAAGUGCUUCACAUCGGUUGUACGCCGUUCUAUACUGUUCGGUAUCGAAUUUUUCAUAUGGAGUAGAUUCGCAUUCAAGUCCAGCUUGAAGAACGUGAGUCCAAUCAAUGGUUUCCAG